AUGUCAAUCCCCACCGAAGGACUCGUCUCGGUCGCUUCCAAUGUCCAACCCCAGACCAUCGGCACCGGCUCUCCAGCCGCAAAGGGCAAGACCGUCCUGAUCGACAAUUACGACAGCUUCACCUACAAUGUUGUCCAGUUCCUCGCUGAAGCCGGUGCGGACCUUGUCGUCUACCGCAAUGACAAAGUCACACUGGAAGAGAUCGAAGCUCUCAACCCUGCCAACAUUGUCAUCAGCCCUGGCCCCGGUCAUCCACUUCAUGACUCGGGCAUCUCAAUCCCAUGCAUCAAGCAUUUUGCCGGUAAGAUCCCAAUCCUCGGCGUCUGCAUGGGACUUCAGUCCAUCUACUCCGCCUACACUGGUGUCGUCGAGUUUGCUGGCGAGAUCGUACACGGCAAGACCUCUGAAAUCGCUCACGAUGGCAAGGGUCUUUACGCUGGUUUGCCCGCUCACGGCGUGGUAGGCACACGUUACCACAGUCUCGCCGCUCAGCUGCCCAGUCUGCCCAAGGAGCUCGUCGUCACCUCCAAGACCGAAAGCGGCGUCGUCAUGGGCAUCCGUCACACUCGCUACACUGUCGAGGCCGUCCAGUACCACCCGGAAAGCAUUCUUAGUGUGGGCGGCCGGGAGAUGAUGGUCAACUUCCUCAGCUGGACCGGCGGCACCUGGGAUGCCAACCCGCAAGCCAAGGUCGAUGCUGCUGCCAUCGAACGUGCCGAAAGCACUACCGAGCCUGUCCUUGCCAUGGCUGCUACUGGCGCUGCUGCUGCUACCACGACCAACGGUGCUGGUCCUGGCGCCGCAGCUGCUACGGGCAGCGUUGGCACUAUCCUUGAGAGGAUCCAUAUGCAGCGUCUCAAGGAUAUCGCUGCCACCAAAGCCAUCCCAGGCUUCUCUCAGCGCGAUCUCGACAUUGCUCUUUCCCUGCAUCUCGCGCCUCCUCUCAUCAACUUCCCCGAGCGACUGCAGCGACACGCUGCUCGUGGUCUGCCAGGCGUCAUGGCCGAGAUGAAGCGUGCCAGUCCCAGCAAGGGUGACAUCGACCCUACUGCUCACGCUGGUGCUCAGGCGCUCGCGUAUGCACGAGGCGGUGCCAGCGUCAUAAGCGUGCUCACCGAGCCCAAGUGGUUCAAGGGUACCGUCCACGACCUGUCGCUCGCACGACGUGCCGUCGACCACCUGCCCGACCGUCCUGCCAUUUUGCGAAAAGACUUCAUCGUCGACACCUACCAGAUCGCCGAGGCCCGACUCGCGGGUGCCGACACUUUGUUGCUCAUCGUCGCCAUGCUCACGGACGAACAUCUCAAGGAGCUCUACGACUACAGUCUGAGCUUGGGCAUGGAGCCGCUCGUGGAAGUCAACAACCCGGAGGAGAUGACGCGCGCCAUCCGCUUGGGCGCAAAGGUCGUCGGUGUCAACAACCGCAACCUGCACGAUUUCAAUGUCGACAUGGAGACCACGUCUCGUUUGGCAGACGCAGCCAGCAAGGGCGGCGUCAUCCUGUGCGCUCUCAGCGGUAUCAGUGGGCGCAGCGACGUGGCCAAGUACCUCAAGGAGGGGGUCGGUGCCGUGUUGGUCGGCGAGGCGCUCAUGCGUGCCAAGGACAAGCGCGCCUUCAUUCACGAUUUGCUGGGACUGCCUUCGACCAGCUCGGCGGGCGAGUUGGUGGCCGGGUCGGUUGUCGGCCAUGGCUCGCUGGUCAAGAUCUGCGGCUUGUCGACGGUCGAAGCUGCGGUGACUGCUGCUGAGGCCGGAGCUGAUAUGCUGGGUAUGAUUCUUGCACCUGGAACGAAGCGUACUGUAUCGCACGACCAGGCGAGGGAGAUCAUCAAGGCGGUGCGCUCGCUCCCCUCUUCCACUGACGCUGCUGCUACGGCCGAGCUCGACCCUGUGGCUGUUGCGGGCUCGAUUGAAGAAGGCGUGACCCCGGAAGACUGGUUCUCGCUCACCGUCAAGAAGCUGCGCUCGCGAGCCGGUCGUCGCCCACUCAUUGUCGGCGUCUUCCGCGACCAGCCCUUGGCCGAAGUCGCCAGCACCGCCGAGCAGCUUGAUCUGGAUGUUGUCCAGCUGCACGGACGCACAGAGGGCAUCGAAUGGGCCAAGUUCCUCCCUGGCCGUCUUGUCAUCCGCGUCUUUUCCGUCGGCGCGGGUGCUCAGGUUGGCAAGGACCUACUGCGCGAAGUGAAUCGGCCCGGGUAUCACCACCUUGCUGCGCUCGACACUGCCGCGGCAGGUGGCGAUGGCGGCACGGGUGUGUCGUUCGACUGGUCCGUCGCCAAGCAGGUAAGGGACGCUGAUCCGCUGCCUGGCGUUGUGGGUGGGUCGGCGGCGAGGCCGAUGCCGAUCCUCCUCGCUGGUGGGCUGACAGCGGAGAACGUCCAGCAGGCGAUCCAGGUCGCGCAGCCUUUUGCGGUGGAUACGAGCUCCGGCGUCGAAACGGACGGCAAGAAGGAUUUGCAGAAAAUCAAGAGCUUCAUCAAGGCGGUCCGCGGCGCUUCUAUCUAA